AUGAAUUUUAAUAUAAAAGUCACAUUUAAUAACUCUAUAUGUCAUCUUACAAUUGACAAUGACAAUAACUUAAUAAUCAUGAAUUAAAUUCUAUUGAUGACAUUCCCUCUAAAUUUAGAUUCAAAUAUUGUAUGGAAAUUAGAAAAAAACAUACUACUAGGCUUUGAAAUUAAUACAUAUUAGUUUACAGGUAACCAUAAUGAUCUUUUGAAUCUAAAAUCUAACUUAGGCAAACUUGUUACCUAUAAAAAAAUCAGUAAUAUGUACAACUUCCUUAGUACUAUUGGGAAAGGUAAUUAUUCACAAGUAUGUUUACUCCAGUGCAAAAUAACAAAUAAACUAUAUGCUGCAAAAUGUAUGAGGAAAGAAAAUUAAUAAGUUUUAAAUGAUAUCAAAAGAGAGAUUAUGAUUUGGUCUAUGUUUUAACAUAAUAAUAUUGCUAGAUUCUAUGAAGUAUAUGAAAGUACAAAUACAAUUUAUAUUGUAAUGGAGAAACUAAAUAAAUUAAGAAAUGAUUAUGAUCAUGAAGAAAUUAAGUUAAUUAUGAAAGUAUGUUUAUAUUUCAAUUUAUUAGGAUAUUCUAGAAGGUGUUCAUUAUAUCCAUUCUAAGAAUAUUAUUCAUAGAGAUUUAAAAAUAGAUAAUAUAUUGAUUGAUGAUGAAAAUUAAAUUAAAAUCAUUGAUUUUGGAUUAGCUUGCCAAUUUAAUAAUAUAGAAUCCAGAAAUAUUAGUUGUGGUACUCCUGGUUAUAUAGCACCUGAAGUUCUGACGAAUAAACCUUUUGAUUAUAAAUCUGAUAUUUUUAGUGUAGGAGUUGUCAUGUAUUACCUUUACUUUAAUAAACAUUUAUUCUAAGCAGAUCAAGUGAUUGACAUCUUAAAACUCAAUAAGAAAUUCACUAUAUCUCGAUUAUCAGUUUUAAAUAUACCAGAUUGUGGUUAUCAAUUAUUAAGAAGUUUAUUGAAUCAUAAUCCAAUAUAAAGAAUAACAGCCUCAUAGGCUCUCACUCAUUGGUAUAUGAAUUCAAUCAAGGAAGAUCAUUUCAUAAAAGUACCAAGAAAUCCUUAACCAAAAUUCAAAGAUCACAUUUUAUCAUGCACAAUAAUAUACUCAAAAACUACUAUAACUUCAUAAAAUAAAAUAUAUUGA